AUGGCUCGUACCAAUCGUGAAAUCCUUACAGGAGGCAGUAAAUAUCGUCAAAAACAAGCCAAAAAAUACGGAGUCGAGGAGGUUGUGUUCAACAAAGAUGAGAGACAAGAGUACUUGACUGGAUUCCACAAAAGAAAGGUGGAAAGACAGAAAAAGGCCAAGUCAUUUUACGAAGAGCAGGAACGUUUGGCAAAAAUCGAAGAACGUAAAAAGGCCCGUGAAGAAAGACAGAAAGAGUUCGAGGACAAAAUCAAGGAGCUAGAUACGGUGAAGGAAUUACGAUUGGGAAAGUCCCAUCUUGACGGCGACAACGAGGAAGACCAACAUUCUGAUGCCAAUGAGGAGAAGACCAGUUGGAACGGCUUUGAUUCCGCUUCAGAAGAUGGUGAAGACAAUAAAAGAGAAGGUAAGGAGGAAGAAGAAGAAGAAGAGACAGAAGAGCCCUUGAAGGGAAUUCUUCAUACGAAGCAUGUCUACAAGAUUGAUGACCCGCGUGUCUUGGGAGAUGCGGUCGUAGAUGAGGAAACCACUGUUUCCGUUGAUUCUGUGGAGAAUCCAUACAUGGUGAAGGCUGGUGUAUCUUUGGUAGAAAUCGCUAAGGCGAACCACGUAAACCUACAGAAGUCAGAGGAGGUCUUGGAGAAGUCUAUUGACAGAGCUAAGAAGUAUGCUGUUAUUUGUGGUGUUGACAAGUCUAAACCAAAGCAAAAGAAGAAGAAGUUCAGAUAUUUGACUAAGGGAGAGAGAAGGGAAAAUAACAGAAAGGCCAAGUUGAGCAAGAUGAAGAGCAGAAACCGUGAUUAA